CUACGCCGCGGCGUGGGAGCAGAGGUGACUGGUCAACGAGCUUGAAGCAUCUGAUGGAGUUGCUGGACUUGGGCAAGCAUUGUUCAGAAAAAACUUGCAAACAGCUGGAUUUCCUUCCUUUAAAAUGUGAUGCAUGUAAGGAAGUUUUCUGUAAAGAUCACAUCACUUAUGACAAACACAAAUGUACCUCUUCAUAUAAGAAGGACAUACAGGUUCCAGUAUGUCCUUUAUGUAACACUCCCAUCCCAGUGAGAAGAGGAGAGAUGCCAGACAUUGUAGUUGGAGCACACAUGGACAGGGACUGCAAAUAUGAUCCUACUCAGCAGAAACAGAGGAUUUUCACAAACAAGUGCUUAAAAGAAGGUUGCAAAAGGAAAGAGAUGAUGAAGCUUGUUUGUAACCAAUGCCAUGGAAACUUCUGUAUAAAACAUCGGCAUCCUCUGGAUCAUGACUGCAAAGUGGGAGGUCGCCCUAUCUCCAAAGCAGGAUAUGCAGCUAUAAUGAGAGUAUCUGAAUCAAACUUCAGGAUCAAACAAGAUGUCCUCUAACUAUCUUCUGUACAACAGGUAUAAACUGAAGUGUGGUUAUGAGAUUAGCAAAACAGGUGACCUAAAACAGAGCCUUGUAUCUACAGAAUGUAAAACUGCCAUUGGCACUCCUUCCUAAAACUUUAUUAUAGCUGACAUUUGAGCAAUGCCAGGAGUGUAUAGGAGGGACAUAACAGUCCAAGACAUGGCUGUUUUGUCACUGGCAAUUAAUCUUUGCAUAGUGUGUAAAAUGUACAGUCAAAUUGCUACUUAUUACAGUGACCUAGUAGCUGAAUCAGUCCAGCACUUGACAUGGUCAAGAUGUAAGAACUCAUUAUUGGGUGACUA